UCCCAUCUCUUCUCUCUCUUCCCUUUCUCUCUAAAUUUCUCUCUCAUUCCUCAUUCAUUCAUUCUUUCUUUCUCUUUCAUUUCCCAAAAUGCCUGAAGCACCAAAAACAGCCACUCCAAAUUACAACCUUGUUCAGAAAAACAAAGCCAUUCUUCAAUUCAUCGAAGAUGUUACCACCAACGCCGCCCUUGUCCAACGCCAAGUCCUCUCCCAAAUCCUCUCCCGCAACUCCAACUCCGAGUACUUGACCCUCUACGGUCGCCCCUCUCCCGACACCUUCAAAACCUCCAUCCCUCUCGUCUCUUACGAACAAAUCCAACCCUUCGUCUCUCGUAUCGCCAAUGGCGACUUCUCCCCUAUUCUAUGCUCCUCUCCCAUCUCUGAAUUCUUAACUAGCUCUGGUACUUCCGGCGGUGAGAGAAAGCUGAUGCCGACCAUCGAGGAGGAGCUCGAGAGACGGUCAUUGUUGUAUAGUUUGUUGAUGCCUGUGAUGACCCAGUUCGUUCCUGGGUUGGAAAAAGGCAAAGGAAUGUACUUUUUGUUUGUUAAAGCUGAGGCUAAAACCCCUGGUGGCUUACUUGCUCGCCCCGUUUUAACAAGCUACUACAAGAGCUCUCAUUUUAAAGACCGUCCUUAUGAUCCUUACACCAAUUACACCAGCCCCAAUGAAGCCAUUCUUUGUCCUGACUCCUACCAAAGCAUGUACGCUCAAUUGCUUUGUGGCCUCUGCCACCGUCUUAACGUCCUCCGCGUUGGCGCUGUGUUUGCCUCUGGUUUCAUUCGUGCCAUUCGCUUUCUCGAAAAGCACUGGCAACUUCUUUGCCAUGAUAUUCGCACUGGGACACUAAAUUCCCAGAUCACGGACCAGGAAGUUCGUGACGCAGUGAUGUUAGUCUUACGUCGGCCUGAUCCUGAGUUGGCAGAUUAUGUUCAUGGAGAGUGUUGUAAAGGAUCGUGGCAGGGAAUUAUUACGAGGUUGUGGCCGAAUACGAAAUAUGUGGAUGUGAUUGUUACUGGGACAAUGUCGCAGUAUAUUGGGACGCUUGAUUAUUAUAGCAACGGGUUGCCUUUGGUUUGUACGAUGUAUGCUUCUUCGGAGUGCUAUUUUGGGGUUAAUCUUAAUCCUCUUUGUAAACCAAGUGAAGUUGCUUAUACUCUCAUUCCUUCCAUGGCUUAUUUUGAGUUCCUUCCUGUUGAAAGAAACCACAAAGGCGACAACAAAUCUCUCGACGAGCAACAACUCGUCGAUCUAACCGACGUCGAACUCGGCAAAGAAUAUGAGCUUGUUGUCACGACUUACGCCGGACUUUAUCGAUAUCGAGUGGGAGAUAUCCUAAGAGUGGCGGGGUUCAAAAACAAAGCUCCACAAUUCAACUUCAUUUGUCGAAAGAACGUGGUUCUAAGCAUCGAUUCCGAUAAAACCGACGAAGUGGAGCUUCAAAACGCAGUAAAAAACUCAGCGAACCAUUUGGUGCCAUUCGAGGCAACAUUGGCAGAGUACACAAGCUAUGCCAACACUUCAACAAUUCCGGGCCACUACGUGCUAUAUUGGGAGCUAAACCAGAAGGGCGGCUCGACGACCCCGGUGCCGCCCUCGGUGUUGGAAGAUUGUUGUCUUACAAUCGAGGAGUCGCUGAACAGCGUAUACCGACAGGGCCGAGUGUCGGACAAGUCAAUCGGGCCGCUGGAGAUCAAGGUUGUGGAAACUGGGACAUUUGAUAAGCUGAUGGAUUAUGCAAUAAGCAUGGGAGCUUCAAUAAAUCAGUACAAAACUCCCAGGUGUGUGAAGUUUCAACCCAUUGUUGAGCUUUUGGACUCAAGAGUCCUGGCUUCUUAUUUCAGCCCUAAGUGCCCCAAGUGGGUUCCUGGUCAUAAGCAAUGGUCCCAACAGGAUUAGCUCCUUUUUUAAUUUCUUUUUUGUUUCAUGAUUGUAGCUCUUGGUUUUUUUUUUUUUUUUUUCUUUUUUUCAUCAAAAUAAUCUGUAUGUUCUUCUGAUGAUGAUUUAUCUUAA